GAAAAAAAUCAAACAAAAACCCAAAAGAGGGAUGGCCAAUCUCCGGUGCACACGUGGCGUCUAAUCAUUGGCCGAGGCACCGUGUCACAGCACCCAUCUCCACUUGUCCACCGCUGUUACGUAAUUCCCACUGGAAUUCGCAGACCCAGCACCGUCAAUGGCGUUGAGAUCCGGCGGCCGUAAGCUGUCCUUCGAUAUCCUGGCGAUCUCACAAUACGACGACGUUGUGGCCGCCACCUCCCUAUCCCGCUCCAACUCCGAUCCCCACGGCGACGGCGCGUCAUCCCCCACUCGCAGGAAGAAGAAGAAGAGGAGGAGCAGGAAGGGGAAAACCCUCCUUGAUUCGUCUGCGGUUUCCGAAAUUUCUGCGAUCGACGGGGAUGUGAGUUACAGUUGCACGACGAGCACCGUCACGGAGGCCGCCGUGGUGCCGCCGGAUUUGGACGGCGAGAGUAGCUUCGCGGUGACGCUGCCGCUGGUGUUCGGGGAGCUGAGGCAGAGGAAUGUGGGGAGUAUGGCGAACGGAGGAGGGAGUGCGGAGAUGAUGAUGGUGAGUGAGGAGAGUGGGUGUUCUAAGAAGGAUGAUAAUGUGAAGGAGGAAAUUGCGGAGAAACAGAGCGGCGGCGAGGAAAUCGAUUCGGAUCAGAAGGCGGAGUUGAGCGGGAGGAAAUUGGAGAAAGAGGGAACUUUGGAUUGGAAGAAAUUGAUGGCUGAAGAUCCCAAUUAUACGUUACCGGUGGAGAAGUCACCGAUGAAAUAUUUCAUGGAUGAAAUGUAUGCUGGAAAUUCCUUAAGGAGCACUACCACCCUAGGAAACGACAAAGAGCGCGAACGAGUUUACGAUACUAUAUUCCGUUUGCCAUGGCGUUGUGAAUUGCUUAUCAAUUUUGGGUUCUUUGUGUGCUUCGAUUCAUUCCUGUCACUCUUAACCAUCAUGCCGACAAGGAUCAUCAUGACCUUCUGGAGGCUUCUUAGAACCAGGCAGUUAAAGAGACCUUCAUCAGCGGAGCUAUCUGAUUAUGGCUGCUUUGUCGUCCUGGUUGCUGGAGUCACUCUACUACAGCAAGCAGAUAUCAGCUUAAUUUAUCACAUGAUCCGCGGCCAAGGGAUUAUUAAGCUCUAUGUGGUGUACAAUGUUUUGGAGAUAUUUGAUAAAUUAUGCCAAAGUUUUGGUGGUGAUGUAAUGCAAUCUCUAUUCAAUUCAGCAGAUGGACUUGCAAACUGCUCACAAGAAAAUGUGCAAUUUUGGCUGUGGAGAUUUUUUUCAGAUGAAGUCUUAGCAGUUGUUUCUUCUAUUAUUCAUUCAUUCGUCUUAUUAGCUCAGGCAAUUACUUUGUCAACAUGUAUAGUUGCUCAUAACAAUGCGCUAUUCGCUAUGCUCGUGUCUAACAAUUUUGCUGAGAUUAAAAGCAACGUGUUCAAACGUUAUAGCAAGGAAAACGUUCAGAGUUUAGUAUACUUCGAUUCGGUUGAGCGGUUCCAUAUUAUGGCAUUUGUCUUAUUUGUUUUAGCGCAAAAUAUACUCGAAGCUGAAGGUCCUUGGUUCGAAAGCUUUCUUUGUAAUGCGCUGGUUGUUUACGUAUGUGAAGUGAUGAUAGAUAUAAUAAAACACUCAUUCAUUGCUAAAUUCAAUGAUAUAAAGCCUAUUGCAUUCUCCGAAUUUCUAGAAGAUCUUUGCAAGCAGACGUUAAAUAUUCAAACAGAGAAUGGAAAGAAGAAUCUCAUUUUUGUACCUUUGGCACCAGCUUGUGUGGUAAUUCGUGUUCUACGGCCCGUUUAUGCAGCCCAUCUUCCUUACAAUCCUCUUCCAUGGAGACUUUUUUGGAUGCUCGUGUUAUUUGCCAUGACAUUUGUGAUGCUUGCUAGUCUUAAGAUGAUGAUCGGCAUGGGCCUACGUAAACACGCCAGGUGGUAUGUCCGAAGAUGCCAGAGAAGAAAACUUCACUUCGAUUAAGGUUAUCAUAUUACAUUAUAUUAUAUUAUACACAUUACUGCAAUCACUCGACCGACCUUGGUUUUGAUGCAUACUUGUAUAUCUCUAUGGAUGGUGGGCCCCGGCAAUUCUCAUGAGUUAUCGAUUUUUCUUUUCUCCCGGUGCCGAAUCAUCUUGCAGUACAUGGAUAGAUAUAAUCCUAUCAAUUUUGUGUUAGAUGGUAGGAUUGGGGAGGAUUGUGAAUGAUUGACAACGGGAGAAGGAUCGACUAAUUAAAUUAAGGUUGUAUAGUAUUUCUUUUCCUCAUAGUAAGAACUGAGAGACGAAGAUAUUUACGAAGUCAACAAAUACAUUAUACAAAUUUGCAGUUCUCUUCUGUUU